AUGGCCUCCGAAGUCACACAAGAACAGAACGAGCGUCCUGGAGACGUCCCCGGUUUAUUGGAAGCAGAAAGUGAUGCUGCGGAUAGUGAUUCUACUCUAGAGAGCGGAGAUGGGUCGUCAAGUUACCUCACAUCUCUCAAGUCUAGUAUUUUCAGCUACAGAUAUGAGAACGGUCGUCGAUAUCAUGCAUUUCAUGAAGGCACUUAUCUAGUGCCCAACGACGAUGAAGAACAAAACAGAAUGGAUUUGGUUCACCACAUCUACAGUCUCGUCAUGCAGGGGAAGCUUCAUACCGCGCCUAUCAACGACAACCCCCAACGCGUCCUUGAUCUGGGCACAGGCACCGGUAUUUGGGCUAUCGAUUUUGCUGAUGAGUAUCCUUCGUCAGAAGUGAUUGGAACUGACCUGAGUCCUAUCCAACCUGAUUGGACUCCUACCAAUUGUGUCUUCGAAGUUGAUGACUUUGAGGACCCAUGGGUAUACAAGAGGCCUUUCGACUACAUCCACGCCCGCGAGUUGGAAGGUUGCAUCGCCAAUGAGGAUCAGUUUUUCGAGCGCGCAUUCCAAAACCUCAGUAGUGGUGGAUACCUAGAAAUGCAAGGCCAGAGGGCAUACUUCAUGUCGGAUGACGAGUCAAUCAAGAAAGCCGUGAAUGCCGAAGUCUGGGCCGUGGCCUUGCGAGAGAGCAGCAUCAAGUUUGGAAAGCCAAUUGACUGUGUAACAGGAUGGAAGGACAAGAUGAUCAAGGCGGGCUUCGUGGAUGUGCAUCAGGAGAUUCGCAAAAUUCCUAUUGGUGGCUGGCCGAAAGACCCGGUUCUCAAAGAGGUUGGAAAAUGUCAGGUUAUUCAAUCCUGUGCGGCUAUUGAUUCCUAUACACCUAUGCUCCUUGGAAAGUUCCUUGACUGGGGUCAAGAUGAAGUGCAGGUUCUCAUGGCAAAGGCUAAGAAGGAGCUUCGAGAUCCAGCUAUUCAUAUCUACCUUCCCGUCUAUUUCAUUUGGGGCAGAAAGCCUUGA